GCCACAAACUAUUAUUGGAAAAACUUGCACUGUGACUGUUGACUGACAAACUGGCAUUUACUCUAGUCAAGAACGAAUCAAAGACACGUACACACACACACACACACACACACACACACACACACACACACACACACACACAUUCGUGAAUACAGAUACAGUUAGUUACCAAGCUCAUUUACAACAAUCAACAAUUUAUGACCUGAGAUUAGCAUCUGUUCUCACAUAUCCACAUAGUCUCAUCAAAAUGCCUUUGGCAUAAAUGGCAGAUAUAAAUAGAGCUGUUUGGCUGAUGGUGACUUAUUUAAAGGAAGAACAAUUGAAUAACAAAGUUCAGAGUUGCUUCAUCUCUCUACAACACUUAAAACUACUAUGUGAUCAGAUUUACGGACCUCAGUGACAGAAAUAAUAUAUUUCCCAGGACGCAAGGACAGUGGGUGCCAUAAUAGACACCACAAACCCAACCCCUUACCUUCGCCUGCCAGCAAUGGAAAAUAAAAGCUGGAGGCUGGGGUCUUGUGAUGAGGAAUCCUUUGCUGGUAUUGGGAGGGGGAAGACUUAACGUUUUUGUGGAGCACUGGACAUUGUGGAGCUGACAAUUUAUCGUGGCUAUGAAGACUCAAUCCGAGGACAUGCCUGUAAAACAGCAAGAACACUUCAAAAAGCAAAGGGAUAUUCUUGCUUACCAAAUGAAAAAACUGUCGGCAAAGCAAGUGCAUUUCAUUGAAAAGACAGCAGUACUGAAAGAAAAGAUCAGGAAGAAGUAUGAGGACAUGAAGCGAGUGCUGGAUGAGGAUCUGCGAAUCACAAUGUGUCAGCUAGACAUGGAGCAGGAGGCUAUGGAGAGAACCACUAAAGAGAAAAUAGAAAGGUGCUACCAACUAAUGCAGGACCUGGAGCAGCAGCUGUCUGAAACCGACAAACAGCUGGAACAAGACAAAGCGCACAACUUGGAUCGGAUUUCAGAGACAGAUAGAAGGAUAAUGGAGACUCUGAAUGUGACAGAUCCAAAGUGUAUCCAAAUGGAUGAGUUCAAGAACGAGCAGUUGCUAAGUUUAACUGUUAAUUUAUUGCUGUUCAUCCGCUCACAGGUUCCUGUUACUAAGAAGCUCUUCCAGAGCUAUGCCCAAGAGGUGGUUCUAAACCCUGAUUCUGCUCAUCCGAAACUCAUCAUUUCCCCAGAAGGAAACUCAGUUACAUACACGGACACCUGGCAGGAAGUUCCAGAAAAUCCAUUCCGCUUUGACACCACCCUGAACGUAAUAAGCCAAGAGGGUUUCAAAGAAGGGCGCAAUUACUGGGAGGUGCAGGUCAUUGGCAAAACCUACUGGGAGCUGGGACUCACCUAUCCCAGCAUCCCCAGGAAAGGUCAUGAGGAGCAGUGCUGGCUGGGGCGUGGACCCGAGUCCUGGUGUGUGGAAUACUUUAACGGUGAUUACACAGCUUGGCACAAUGGAGUUCCCCAUGAACUCACCCAUUUAACCGGGAAGCAAUUCCAACGUAUCGGGGUCUUCUCCAGCUCAUAUGGGGGUCUCGUGUGUUUCGUUGGAUCAGACACCAUGACCCCAUUCUACACCUUUUGUGUAGGCACAUUUACAGAUGCACUUCAUCAAGCCGUCUGUCCUGGCCAUGACAACCAGGGGACUAACUGGAAACCACUGCUGAUCUGUGAUGCCUCCAGGUUUGGGCCCAUUCUGUGAUGGGAAAACCUGAGAGGACAGAGAUGGCUGAAUAAACUCAAUAAAAACAGCCUUGUACAGUAUAAAGGUGUGAUUGAAGGCCAUAAAAUGUAGGUAAAAGAAUUACAUAACACACAAAGCAGUAUUUAUUUAAUACUGCAGAGUGCUUAAAUGUAUUAUUUUAGAUGAGUCAUUUAAGUCUAAUUUGGCCCUUAAAAAGUGGGGUGGGGUUGGGGGUCAGAAAAUGUGCCAAUCAAAUUAUGUAUAUAAAAUUUCACAUCAAGAUCACUUAUACUUUUAUACUCAUUUAUACAAUUUUCUUUUUUUUCAUAGCUUCACAUCAUGUGUCCUGAGGGCAAUAUAAAAUGAUUAUAAUCAGACAAGCUUUUAAAAUGUUUUCUUUCAGAGAUCAUUUUAUUUCAGCACAAGUGGAUAAAAUACACUUUCUCCACUUGUACAGUAUACCAUAGGU